AUGGACCACCCGGACCCACAUCCUGGCUUGCGUCGACGAUUACUGCACGCUCCCAAAGUGCUUUCGCCAUCUUCGCUAUCCGAAGUAGACGCUAUAACUUGGUUGUUGCCACUGGUGACGAUGUUGAGAGAACGUCGAGGCAAAAAUGGUGAAAGCGGGGGUGAGAGCGGUGUUUUCAGAUUAUACUGCGAAGGGUCGGAUAUAGGGUGCCUAUUCUCCGCAGCCUUUUGUUCGGAUGGCAAAGCCUCUGUAUUGACGUCCACGCCUGGCGGGACGCUAGCCCUUGAUGAAGUGUCUCGGAUGGCGGCAGGCGAUGAGGGCAGCUGGGAAGCGAGCACGGGUACCGGAUCGGGUGUGGGACGUAUGAAAACGAAGGCUGAAGCAUAUGAUAUGGAGACUGCGAGGAAAUGUUGUACGGUGGCAAAUGUGGCGGUGGGUAAUGUAAUAGUUGACAAUGUGGCUGUGGGUAAUGUAAUAGUUGACAAUGUGGCGAUGGGUAAUGUAAUAGUUGACAAUGCGGCGGCGGACAAUGUGGUGGUGGACAAUGUGGUGGUAGAUAAUGAUGUGGCGGUGGAUAAUGUGGCGGGGGAUAAUGUGAAGGUGGUAGCUUUGGAUAUGAUGGUUUCGAUUCGCUCCUAG